GGCUUUUCUGUCAAGAUGCCUGAGGAAGUGCACCAUGGAGAGGAAGAGGUGGAGACCUUUGCCUUCCAGGCAGAAAUUUCUCAGCUCAUGUCCUUAAUCAUCAAUACUUUCUAUUUGAACAAGGAAAUUUUCCUUCGAGAGCUGAUCUCCAACGCUUCUGAUGCCCUGGACAAGAUUCGCUAUGAGAGCCUGACAGACCCUUCCAAGUUGGACAGUGGUAAAGAGCUGAAGAUUGACAUCAUCCCCAACCCUCAGGAGCGCACGCUGACUUUGGUGGACACAGGCAUUGGCAUGACCAAGGCUGACCUCAUCAAUAACUUGGGAACCAUUGCUAAGUCUGGCACAAAGGCUUUCAUGGAGGCUCUGCAGGCUGGUGCAGACAUCUCCAUGAUUGGGCAGUUUGGAGUUGGGUUCUACUCAGCCUAUCUGGUGGCGGAGAAAGUGGUUGUGAUCACAAAGCACAAUGACGAUGAGCAGUAUGCCUGGGAGUCCUCUGCUGGUGGGUCCUUCACAGUGCGUGCCGACCAUGGUGAGCCCAUUGGCCGGGGCACCAAAGUGAUCCUUCACCUCAAAGAAGACCAGACAGAAUACCUGGAGGAGAGGAGGGUCAAGGAAGUGGUGAAGAAGCACUCCCAGUUCAUAGGAUAUCCCAUCACCCUAUAUCUGGAAAAGGAACGAGAGAAGGAGAUCAGUGAUGAUGAGGCAGAGGAAGAGAAGGGUGAGAAAGAGGAGGAAGAUAAGGAUGAUGAGGAGAAGCCUAAGAUUGAAGAUGUGGGAUCGGAUGAGGAGGAUGACAGUGGCAAAGAUAAGAAAAAGAAAACAAAGAAGAUUAAGGAGAAAUACAUUGAUCAGGAAGAGCUGAAUAAGACUAAGCAGAUUUGGACCAGAAACCCUGAUGACAUCACUCAAGAGGAGUAUGGUGAAUUCUAUAAGAGUCUCACCAAUGAUUGGGAGGACCACUUGGCAGUCAAGCACUUCUCUGUGGAAGGUCAGCUGGAGUUCAGAGCAUUGCUCUUCAUUCCUCGGCGAGCUCCCUUUGACCUUUUUGAAAACAAGAAGAAGAAGAACAACAUCAAACUCUAUGUCCGCCAUGUGUUCAUCAUGGACAGCUGUGACGAGCUGAUACCUGAGUACCUCAACUUCAUCCGUGGCGUGGUUGACUCUGAGGACCUGCCCUUGAACAUCUCCCGAGAGAUGCUGCAGCAGAGCAAGAUCCUAAAAGUCAUCCGCAAGAACAUCGUGAAGAAUUGCCUGGAGCUCUUCUCUGAGUUGGCUGAAGACAAAGAGAACUACAAGAAAUUCUAUGAGGCCUUCUCCAAGAAUUUAAAGCUUGGGAUCCAUGAAGAUUCUACUAACCGCCGGCGCCUCUCUGAGCUGCUCCGCUAUCACACCUCUCAGUCUGGAGAUGAGAUGACCUCCCUGUCAGAAUAUGUGUCUCGCAUGAAGGAGACACAGAAGUCCAUCUACUAUAUCACUGGUGAGAGCAAAGAGCAGGUGGCCAAUUCUGCAUUUGUGGAACGUGUGCGGAAGCGGGGCUUUGAGGUGGUGUACAUGACUGAGCCUAUUGACGAGUACUGCGUGCAGCAGCUCAAGGAGUUUGAUGGAAAGAGCCUGGUCUCUGUGACUAAGGAGGGCCUGGAGCUGCCAGAGGAUGAGGAAGAGAAGAAGAUGGAGGAGAGCAAGGCAAAGUUUGAGAAUCUCUGCAAGCUCAUGAAGGAGAUCUUGGAUAAGAAGGUUGAGAAGGUGACAAUCUCCAAUAGGCUUGUGUCUUCACCCUGCUGCAUUGUGACAAGCACCUAUGGCUGGACAGCCAAUAUGGAGAGGAUCAUGAAGGCCCAGGCACUUCGAGACAACUCAACAAUGGGUUACAUGAUGGCCAAAAAGCACCUAGAGGUCAACCCUGACCACCCCAUUGUGGAGACCCUGAGGCAGAAGGCUGAGGCUGACAAGAAUGAAAAAGCUGUUAAGGACCUGGUGGUGCUGCUGUUUGAAACUGCUCUGCUCUCCUCUGGCUUCUCACUUGAGGAUCCCCAGACCCACUCCAACCGCAUCUACCGCAUGAUCAAACUAGGCCUGGGUAUUGAUGGAGAUGAGGUGACAGCAGAGGAGCCCAGUGCUGCUGUUCCUGAUGAGAUCCCCCCACUUGAGGGUGAUGAAGAUGCUUCCCGCAUGGAAGAAGUAGAUUAGAGAUGCCCUGGGAAGACCAUGUCCUCUGUAUAGUUUCCCUGUACUCCCUAGCAGCCUUGGCUGGCCCUGACCUACCUG